AUGGUUGCCAUGGCACUCAGAGAGUGCAAGUCAAUUUUCCAAGGACUUGAAACCCUAGUUGAUGUAGGAGGUGGCACAGGCACAACAUGUAGGAUCAUCUCUGAGAGACAUCCUAAUAUGAAAUGCAUAGUGUUUGAUCUUCCACAAGUUGUUCAAAACUCUUCAGGAAGCAAUAAUCUGAGUUAUGUUGGUGGCAGCAUGUUUGAAUUCAUCCCUUCUGCUGAUGUUGUUUUGUUGAAGUGGAUAUUACAUAACUGGGAUGAUGAGAGCUGCAUAAAAAUACUGAGCAAAUGUAAGGAGGCAGUGACAAAGAAAGGCGAAGCAGGAAAAGUGAUAAUCAUAGAUGCAGUGAUAAAGGAGAAGGAAGAAAAGAAUGAAAUGAGAGAAGUGAAACUUUUGUUCGAUAUUAUGAUGAUGACUUCCUUCAAUGGAAAAGAAAGAACUGAGAAAGAAUGGAACAACCUUCUUGUUUCUGUAGGCUUUAAGCAUCACAAGAUUACUCCUCUUUUCGGUUUUAGGUCAAUUAUUAUAGCAUACCCUUAAUCAGUUAUUACUAUAUAUAUCCUCUGGUUUUCACGACUUAGUUCAGAGAUUAAAGUUUGCGCUCAAAAUUUUAUAAUUCGUUCUACUACUGAUAAUAACAAGUAGCCAUGCAGUGUGUACUGUUGGUGAGAGGUAGUAUUCAUUUGCAAUUGCAAGGAAAUAACAUUGUUCGUUUAUCUUUAA